AGGAGUUUCGCUCCAUGCACGACCACGUAAUCCUGGGCGCGGUGGAGAUCCCGCUGUUUCCCUCGCAGCACGUCGACGCCGCCUACUUCGGACUGCAUAAUACUCUCAACGGCAUGAAUGAGAAUGACGACGUUGAAGAUCAUGAUGAACAUGAUGUAGUAGACCGCUCUUGGCACCACGACGACCAUGGAGGUCGGGCGCCUCUGUCUGCUUGUGCUUUGUCAGCUGUCGGGAAGAUGAACCACCACCACGACAGAACAAGUCCGGUCUCUAUUUGUUCCCGCCGCCAUGAUCGUGCCGUACCGACGCCGCAGAAUCAACAGCGACGAACCACACCGGUCGGGCGGCGGUCUGACGUGUCGAUCUGGUCAACGGAUACUUCGCCAAGCAUCGAGAGCGUUCGCGGAGGUGAGAUGAGCAAUACGCCUCUGAAAAAUGUUAAGGGGGAAACAUCAAACAACGAGUUAUUUCGAAGAAAAACGUGGGUAGACCACGACGAGGAGGACGGCAGGCUUUCUUGUGAUCCUUUCAGCAAGUACUUUGUCGACGGGGCCUGUUUUCUGGAGGAAAAGCGCGUUUAUACCGUGCCUCUAAAGCGCGUGCCGAACGUGUUUAUUCAACUGGAAAAAGAACCGAUGAAGAGCCAAAAAUCACUAUCACAAUCAUGUAGAACUAGAGACAACCAAUUUAUACAAGCCGAUUUAUUUUCUACUUCAGCCGGCGCCGAGACGGAGACCGACGAGGACACGAUUGGGUUUGUCACGGUGCAAUUCCACGUCCUUUCCAAAACGCGGAUCUCCCUGGAAAUCCUUAGCUUCUUCACGAAGACAAGCCACGGUGGCGGCAGUAGUAGUUCGUCUGAACAUCUGGCGAAGAACAUCCACCUGGGGAUCCUGGCGUUUGAAGACUCAAGGGACGGGUUCGCACACUUACACAACGCCUUCGCAGCCCGGUCGUCAGAGCUUGCUUCCUUUCGCGGGCGCGUCGCAGACCACCAGUCGGCUUUGCUGGUUGAAAAAGAGAAAACCAGCCCGACUACGUCGGACGCUGCUGCUGCAGUCUCCGGCACGAAGAAUGAGGUCAGAAGUUGUGGAGCUGCAGCAGCGGCGGUCGUGACUACACCAGGGUCCUCGAAGCUGCUGCGUAGAAACCAACAUCAAGACGAGCUUUUUUUGUCUAGCCAAAGUUCCAGUCACAGUCUGCGGAGUGGUCACGACGGUCACCAGCUGCUGCAAGGGGAAAUAAACAAACUGAAACCUCCGCAAAUCUCAGCUCCAACUACAGAAGGCCGCAAAGAUCAUUUCUCUGCUUCGUCACUUUUCGAUUCGCACGAGUCGCGGUCGCCAACCCACCUGCGGUUAAACUCCUCGUCUAGGUUCGUGAGUUGCGAAACCUCGGGCAGCUCUGACGCCAGUCCAACCUCAUUCGCCCGCACGGAAACGCUACAGCCAUUGCCGGAAACCCCGGAACAUGCUGAUGAAGCUGCAGCGGAUACCAGAUUCUUCAGUGACCACAGAACUAUCUCAAGGGAAAAGAUUGUAGAAUACACCUUCAGCAGGAAGAAGACGAGUCGCUUUGAGUUUCUCGCGUUUCCGGACGGGGAGGCGCAACUCGUGACUGCAUUGAAUUUGCCGCCGGAAAUUCUCUUGACGAACGGGGGCAAGAACGGAGCUGCAGCCGGAAGCUCUUCGACAUCAAAUUCAUCAUCCGCAAGGAGGACCAGUCCCUUGCUAAAAGUCUUCCCCUCACCGGUCUUGCCGGAUCAGGAUGAAGGAAGCAUUUUCUGGUUCGGAAAGCAGAUCACCGCAAAGUACUUCCAUCCGGACUUUCUGUACGACGGAAACUAUGUGCCGGAAAACUGGUUGUAGAUAUUCUUUUCGUACUGAGAGAGUGUCGUUCCUUCUUGCUGAAGGUUGUACUGUUGGGCGUUUAGGAUUUUGCUGCACCCGCAUUUUCACUUGUUGUAGAAAACAGAAAUAGAAGAUUCUGUCGAGGCACAGGCACUAAGUACCUACUUAAGUACCUCCCGAAAGAAACGGAUGAGCAUGAGGAUCAUCAACGGCGAGAGCUUGCAGUUUUUGCUCUUGGCUGCGAAACAAGUACUUAG